AUGUCUGAUGCAGACUUUACAAUAACUGCUGAUAACAUAGCCUUACAGCCCAAUUUUGAGAAGGAGAAAACAGUAAAACACAGUGGCUUUUUUUUGUGGCCAUAUUCUAUGACAAAACUUCAGGUGGGGAUCUGCCUGCUGCUGGUGGAGCUGUGUGAGAGAUUCGCUUUCUUUGAAGUCGUCUGCAACAUGAUUCCCUUUUGCACUGUGAAGCUUGGCUAUAGGAAUUACCAAGCAGCCAUUGUGAAUCUGUGCUUUAUCGGAACUUCAGUCCUUGCCCCUGUGUUUGUGGGACAGCUUGCUGACGGCUGCCUAGGAAGAAACAAGCUGGUGUGCGUUGGCUUAUUUCUGCACUUCCUUGGCACUGCUUUGUUGUCCGCAGUUGCUUUUCCCAUGGAAGAUCUCUACCUAGGCACUUACCAUGUGGUAAACAACAUACCCACAAAGGAGCAGAACAGGCUAUUUUUUGUGGCACUGCUGGCCAUCUGCCUGGGCACAGGAGGAAUCAGAGCCGUUGUUUGUCCACUGGGUGCUUAUGGCCUUCAGGAAUGUGGAUCAAAGAAACAAACGUCAUUUUUUCACUGGUUUCAUUGGCUCAUGAACCUAAUUGCGACUGUCGUGUUUCUGGGAAUUUCGUAUGUCCAGUAUUCCCGACCCUGGGCCUUUGUUUUACUUGUUCCUUUUGUGUCUGCACUCAUGGCUCUCAUAACUCUUCAUAUGAUCCGCAAUAAACUGAUCCAUCAGCCAGAAAAAUGUUGCUCCCUUCUGAUAGCAUUUGGGGUGUUUGCUCACAUGCUGAAAACAUGCUGCCUGAGUUGCCAUUUGGGCACAGUUGUGACAAGCUGGCUAGACCACACCAAGAAAAAAAAUGGUGACCGCUAUAGUAAGCCCCAUGUGGAAGACACAAAGUUUUUCCUCACCCUUCUCCCCUUCUUCAUUUUUCAAGUCCUAUACAGAAUGUGCAUUAUGCAGAUUCCUUCAGGCUAUUAUCUACAAACAAUGUAUUCCAACCUCAGUUCCGGUGGAUUUCUUCUGCCAAUUGCAGUAAUGAAUGCCAUCAGCAUCCUGCCAUUAUUAAUUCUGAUUCCUUUCAUGGAGUACUUCAGCUCCUGCUUGUUUCCCUGGAAGAGAGAUGGACCAUUUCUGUCAGCAUGUCUUAUUGCUGGAAAUCUUGCUGCGGCGCUGUCAGUGAUGAUAGCCGGCUGCUUUGAAAUACACCGGAAGCAGUUUCCUCCAAUGGAGCAGCCUUGUUCAGGCAAAGUCCUCGCCGUUUCCUCCAUGCCUGGUCUCCACCUGGUGCUUCAGUACAUUUUACUCGGUGUGGCUGAAACCCUGGUAAACCCAGCCUCCUCUGUGAUAGUGUACAGAUUUGUCCCACACACCAUCAGAGGGACGUCUAUGAAUUUUUUGACACUCUUCAAUGGAUUUGGUUGUUACACAGGGGCGCUGCUGGUGAAGUUGGUUUAUCUCAUCUCGGAAGGCAAUUGGUUUCCAAACACAUUAAACAAAGGCAAUUUAGAAAGUUUCUUCUUCCUGCUGGCGUCAUUAACACUGUUGAAUGUCCUGGGAUUCUGGAGUGUCUCACGGAGAUAUUGUAGUCUAAAUCAUUUUAAUGCUCAGAACAUCAGUGGAAAUAAUCUUGAAGAAACACUUCUUCUCCAUGAAAAGUCUCUGAAAGUUUAUGGCAGUAUACAGGAAAUUUCUUCAAGUAUUGAUCUUGGGGAGACAGCCUUAUGA